ACUAUCAGGGUCGUCACUCGACUUUGAUGCCCAAUCUCCUCGCUGGGGAUAUCACCAACAAGCCUUGACAUGUUUUCUUACGGACGAAGACUUUCCUCUCCUCCUCCAACCGACCACAUACCAAGGUGACGGGUGUCACUCCCUCAAGCGUCACGACACAGGCGCUGUCUAGAAUUUUGACCGCACAACUUUUACAGGAUCGACCGGCGCGUCGAUAGGGGACGAGUUCUUAUUUUCCCAAGUCAGGACUUUCAGAGAUUUUGGAUGUCAGUGGGACAUCGCAAGAGACAAGCAAGAUGAGCUACGGAUCACCAUACCGCGGGUCUACACCCGGUCCGGACUACUACUACUCGGGUAGCCCUUCGCCGACACCAUCACCGCAACAAAACUACUUCUACGCCACUCCCCAAAGACCGGCGACCCGAGCUCACUUUCGCAAUGCCAGUAGCGGCGGCCAAGAUAACUACAGGACUUCAUUUUCGCCCAGGUACACAAGCACUGGCGAAUAUGCCACUGGCCCUGGCCCAAAAGGUCCAGUUUAUGAGAAAGAGAGGCCGGUGUACUACGAAGAUCCUGUCGCGCGGUCGGCAACCAGGGUUUCCCACACUCGUCGUCCCUCCGGUACUGCUCCCAUCCAGCGCCCCCAGACUGUCAGGCCCUCCAGCUCCCAUCAGAAGAAGCCGGCCCCCUCAACCGCUAAGGCCACAGAAGCAGACGCGAAAAAGCACCGGAUCCCUGCUGGAUACUCUUUGAAGAACUGGGACCCCACCGAGGAGCCGAUCAUGCUGCUUGGUAGUGUCUUUGACUCUAACUCCUUGGGCAAGUGGAUCUAUGACUGGACCGUCUAUCACCAUGGACCUGCCACUCCUAUCUCGGACAUGGCCGGCGAGCUUUGGCUUCUCCUAAUCCAACUGUCUGGCAAGAUAAAACGCUCCGAGGAAAUUGUCCCCAGGAUACGUGCCCAGGACAACCGGGAAAUGGUUGAGGAUUUCAUUGAGUCUGGUGAACGUUUGACUGACAAGCUUCGCGCACUUCUCAAGCGUUGCGAAUCUCCCAUGCUCAAGGCCAGCAAGCGCAAGGACGCCUCUCAGCUCGGUAAAGGUUCUGGGGUCGAGUUCGUGGAGACCCUCUUCGGCCGCGAGCGUGAGUUGGAGAAGACGGAGCGCUUUAUGCAACAGGUCCGUCUCUGGAAUCUACGCUUCGAUGCCAACUGCGAGGAAAUCUUGAAGAAGCCCACCAUGUAGAGGAGACCUGGACGUCCGCUGGAUUUUCAUUUUCUUUACUCUACCAUGGAUACGAUGCUUCCAGGUCUUAUUCGCAAUCACAAAACUUACAAAAACAACAACAUCAACAACAACAACGAUAACAACAACAACAAAACAAAAUAUGAUGGCCAAUCCAUCCUGUACACUAGGAAUUCAUUUCCUACGGAGUCUGGUCUUGCCUUUUUUGGAACGACACAGCGCACCAUACCGGGGGCGACUUCCCACAUGUAUGGAGGAUUUUCUUGUUUUAGCCGC